UCGCCGCGGUUGCACACCAUGCCCUUGACUUCCUACAAGAGGUGAUUGUUGCCCAGUAGAAUCCAGCAGCUGGGAGGUCACUAAUAAAUCUGAAUCGAAGGGAAGCUUUCUCGCCAUGGGCUUCAUACCAGACGAGGCGAAGUCUCUCCCUCCUCCGGGAGUCGUGAACAGGAACUCGGUGUGGCUGGCCGGUGUAGGCUGGUGCUCCGCGAUGGUUCACAAUGCCAUUAACCACAGGCCGCCGCUGAAGUCAGGUGUUCAUCGACAAUUCCUGCUGGCAACAAUUGGUUGGUUCAUCGGCUACCACCUUACAAAAUAUGAAAAUUACACUUAUGCCAGACUUGAUCGAGAUAUGAAAGAGUAUAUCAGGCUCCACCCAGAGGAAUUUGCAGCAAAGGAAAAAAAGACCUUUGCAGAGAUUGUCGAGCCUUUCCAUCCUGUGCGCUAAGUGUCGGCGGCUGGUGACAUGGAAGAGGGAGGGAGAGAGAAAAACAUUUGCGGACCGCCAUCUGUCUUCAGUGGUCUUUUUGUGAAAUCUUUCUGUCAGAUAUUGUUGUGUGAAAUAUAGCUAUGUAAAUAAAAAAAAUACCCAAAUUCAA